CGACCUGGGUUCGGUCCCAUCACUCCCUGCGCGAACCAAGACGGAAGCAUAAAAUGCAAACGAGGAACCGUCUUUCUCUGCUGUAGUUUAGUAAAUGUUGGCAUUCAGAAAGAUAUGGGGGCGAUUGGCUGCUGAGGAGUUCUGUAAUCAUUUUAGUGUUCAGACUGCAAGCAAUACACGAAAUCGAUGCAGUAGCGUGAAAGGGACAGUUGCACUAAAAGAAGACAUGCGGGUGGCAGUGAUUGGAGCCGGGGUCAUUGGCCUCUCUAGCGCACUGUGUAUCCAUGACCGCUACCGAUCCAGCGUGACUCCGCUCAUUAUUGAGGUCUACGCUGACCAGUACACCCCGCUGACCAUCAGUGACGGAGCGGCAGGGCUAUGGCAGCCCUACCUGUAUGACAAGGGCAACGUCCAGGAAACUAAAUGGAACAAAGAGACGUUUGACUACCUCCUGACCUACAUCAACGCCCCUGAUUCAAUCAAAAUGGGAAUAUUCACCCAGUCCGGCUACAACCUCUUCACUGAACCCACACCGGACCCCUCAUGGAGAGACUCUGUCCUCGGUUUCAGACACCUGACCCCACAGGAGCUGGACAUGUUCCCAGGUUACAGUUAUGGCUGGUUCAACACUGCACUCAUGAUUGAAGGCAAGAGCUAUUUACCUUGGCUCAUGGACAGGCUGAGGGAGCGAGGAGUGAUAUUUUAUCACAGGAAGAUUGAGUCUUUCAGAGAGCUGGUGGACUCCGGUGUGGAUGUCAUUGUGAACUGCACCGGGAUAAGAGCCGGGGAGCUACAGCCUGACCAGGAUCUGAAGCCAGGCAGAGGACAGAUCCUGAAGGUAGAGGCUCCUUGGCUAAAGCAUUUUAUAAUAACUCACGAUCUCAAGACUGGAGUGUAUACGACCCCAUACAUCAUACCAGGGAGUAAUUUAGUUACCAUUGGAGGCAUCUUUCAACUGGGGAACUGGAGUCAAGAAUGUAACUCCCAGGACCAUCAGAAAGUGUGGGAGUCCUGCAGCAAGCUGAUCCCCAGUCUCAAGCAUGCCAGGAUUGUGGACGACUGGGCUGGCCUGAGGCCGGUGCGCAGCAAAGUGCGUCUGGAGAGAGAGACCCUGGAAUACGGAGCUGUCAAGAGCGAGGUGAUACACAACUACGGGCACGGAGGCUUCGGGCUUACCAUCCACUGGGGGUGUGCGCAGGAGGCAGCCAACCUCUUUGGGAAGGUGGUGGAGGAGAAGAGACAGAAAGCAACGUCAAGGCUGUAACCCUGUAUGAUCUGAUCCCUCGAGCUCCAGCAACUGCGCUGCGCCUAUUCCAUUGACGUGAAGGCGGCAGACAUCCAAAUCAUGAAAGACUGGCCUCUCUUUAAUUUUAUAAUUAUUUUUUUUACAUGAUUUUAAUAUGUAAUAGCACUGUAAAGCGACAAUGAGUAAGAUUAACCAGUGACCAUGUCGUUUUGUUACACAAUAACUAUCUUGCUUCAGGAGUCUCUAAUGAAUAGCUCACCAGAUUCAAUAUCCAGCCCUUCAAGCACAUGCAAUGUAGGAUGCUUGUCUGUCUCUCCAGAGGCUCUCCAGAGUCUCCACGAAGGAGCUGCUUACCUGCUAAAUAUAUCAUGUCAUUUUAAACUGUAUGUGUGAUCUAGACUUUGUCUAUAACAACAUCUUUAAUCCA